AUGUCUCCCGUCCAGCAAUACUGGCUUCCGGGGUACGGCCUGUCCCGACAUAUCGUCCUAGGGCAGAUCCAAUACUUCCUUGGACCGAGUGCGACAGUUAGACCAUACACCUACCAAGCACGCGAAGGGUACCUCAUCAACGGCGUGCCUCUCACGCGGGAACAAAUCGAUGAUCUCAUGGUCAUGUCCCGAGAAUAUGAAAAGCAAGAGGCUACUCGAAUGGCCCAUAACGCCAGCAACGACAGCUCAGGAACCCAGGAGCCCUACAUCAAUGAGAUCAUCCCUAUCAAUCAACCCGGAGCACGUAGGCGUGCAUAA